CUGCUUGUAAAUUCAAAAUGGCGCCGAUCACUUCCUGAUAUGCGGUGAGACACUCAAAUAAUAAUAUUCUAAUUACAAGUUUAAAAGCAAUCUUGACUUCUAUUUUGGCAAGAUGGGAUCCUUGUUUAGCAAGAAAAAAGAACCAGAAAGACCAAAAAUAACUGAACAGGACAAAGCUAUUCUGGUAAGAUUUUUCAGUGUUAAUGCAACAAGGCCAGGGUAGCAAGUAUUUUAGGUGGUCUGUUGUCUACUGUUAAAAGCGUUAAUCGUCAGUCUUCUUUUCCACACUUAUUUUUCUCGAAAUAGUGAACUCGGGAGUUGGGACCAUGCAGCAGGUACAUGUACGGGGUAGGAGGGGGGGGAGCAUGUAGCUAAAGUAGGUUUGUUUCGCUUUCAGGCCUGUAGCAGGUGGAGGGGCAGGGGAGGGCUCGAGUCCCCCCCAGAAAUUUUCAGACUUGAAUUAAAUUCUGCUACAAAAGUGGAAUUUUUCUACUAAAAUGGACAGCUGUCAAUGGAAGCAAAAGUUUCAAAGUAUUGUUGAUCAUAGUAAAAUUAUAGGUGGUUUUCAUGCAGUCUCGGGAGACACAAAUAACAAUGAGGAAAUGAAAAAAUGCUGGUGGACAAACAAAACGAGCUAAUGAGCGAUCUUUUGUUUACUGUCCACCAGCAUGGUGGCGAUGACGUAACAUGAAAACCACCUAUGUACUGUUGUGUAAAUGAACGAAAUCGUAUUUUUGCUCUGCCAAAAACAACCAACAGCUUUAAAAUAUCUGCUAAUUAAGCAUCAAAAUAGUCAGAAGCAAAAUGGAUCUAAAUGCAUCAAUGACAAUACCUGAACUUGACCUCUUGAACUUUAUUGUUUUCCUAAGGGGUUCGCCAGUGUAAAAUAUACUACUGUACUAGAGUAAAACUUAGGUUUUUGUGCGUUUAUGUUGAAAGUCUUACAAUGUCUUCGCAAGAGCCGCCGAAAAAGAAAUCCAAACAAGUCGAAAAUAAGCCGGGAACACUUUUAUCGUGGGUAAAACUAUGCACUAGUGACACAGAGCCUGGUGUAGUCGAAGAAACAAUCCGAAUCAAAGAACAACCGGGAAGGUAUUGUAGACAAAUGUAGUGAUCUGACAUGUACUAAGAAGUAUGCUUUAACCGAGGGACCGAAGUGGGGGGGAGGGGGCAAUGUGGGUGGGGGGAGGUAGAGUUAAUGUGGGCCACUCGCUCAGCUCCCCAGUCAUUUUAUGCUUGCUACGGGCCUGGCUUAUGAGAUGUUUUGCUGACAUCCAUUUAGCUAACAUCUUAUGUCAGUCAACCCCAACUGCAACUUUAUUUAGGAAUAAUAAAUUAUUCCAUUACAAUCGACUGGCCUGCUUCUAACAGUUGCUGAUCCAGGCGGGCCAUGAUUAAUAAUGGUAAAAAACAAUUUUAUUUUACUUAUAUAGCACUGUUCUCUAAUAACGGAGGGGAGGAAGUAUUUUGAAUUGCAAGAAUUCUUAUUCAGGGUGUUCAUUAGGCAUAGGAGAUUGGAGAAUUCUCCAUUUGUUGUACAGGAUUCCUUGGCUAACGUGCGAUAGCCUCUGACUGAUUUUUAUUCUGACAUGGAGCCCCUUUCAAAGUAUUCUCCUGUAAAGUUACACCUUUCACCUGCUACUAGAAUUCUUAAUGAAAACCCUGCUUAUUACUAUGAGAGUCAGUUUCAUUAUUACAAUAUAUAUCAAGGUUACAACCAAUUCAAUUAAAACAAAAUUGGAAUAAAUUCAGAGAUUGAAGGUUGUUAAUAACAAACUGACCUGAGAUACCAGUGCACUUGCUAUUUUUCAUUGUUAGCUCGUUAGCUCCUCUCUUUAAAAGAGUUCUGCACCUAUAUGCAAAUGAUUUACACACUUGGCCAAAUUUAAUCAAAUUUAAUUUUAGUUUCACUGGUAGGAACCAUAUGGAUUUUUAGGUAUAAGAAAGUUAUUUACCAUUUGUAUUUCAAUAAAUAUUUUGGCUUCCAGGCACUUAAACAGCAGAGGGAUAAACUCAAACAAUACCAGAAGAAGGUAUGGAGCAAUCAGCUUUGCAUGUACCUUACAUAGAGUAACUAUAAGAAGAAGGCAGUAUCCCAAAACACUACAUGUUACAAAAUAAUGAUGAUCAAUGUGGAAAUUAUUGUCUACAUGUAAAUGAUCAGGUUCCAGAAGCAGAUUCAGUAGCAUGUCCAGACCUCCAAACAAAGGUGCAGGGGGCACUCUCUCGCUGAAACAAAGUGUCUUAGGCAAUGGCAGUGUAAUAGACUUAAAAUAGGGAGGCCUUCCCUAGAUUUUUCAAUUUUACCCAGGAAAAAAAAACAGAGGAGUUACAUAUUUAAAUCUCUCCCAGAGCUUAAGACUUAAGCUUGGUCCAGGUUGUAAAUGAAUUUACGGUCCUAAUAAAUUGUACUCAUUCUUUAUUUUAGAUCCAACUCAAUCUCGAAAAGGAAAGACAGCUUGCAAAGGAGCUAUUAAAGGAAGGGAAAAAGAGGUGAGUUGGUACCCACUUAUGUCAAACUCUUAGCCAAUAAAAGCUCUGUAUAAUACACUGUUGGUGAUGUAAAAAUAGCAAGAGAAGAGAGAAGCAAUCUCCUUGUAGCAAGGAGAUCACCAUGGCAACCAAGCCACAGCCCAUCUGCGGGCACUUGUUAAGACAAGAUCAGAGUGUUAAAUGAAUAUGAAUAUGAAUAUGAUCUAUAAAAAGUCGACUUUUAUUAUCAUUUUUAAGAAAGCUCAUCUCAGGGGGAGGGUGGGUACUUUCUUAUAAGAGGCUAAUGGGAAUGUGCCGCUGGAUGGGGUCACAUUUUCACGACUGGAUUGACUAUAAUGGGGUUGCUAGAAUGGGAUCACACAUUUUCAGAUUCUUGGGAUAAGAAAGUUAAUUGUUCUUCAUAUUUACAGUCAGCAAACGUACCAGAAUGUUUGUACUGUAGGUGAAAAGUAAAGUGUUCUUUGUUCAGUUUAAAAAUGGGUCAAUUCAUUUUAGUAUGGCCUAUUUAAGGGAUUGAUAAGGUAGAUACAUCAAUAGAAAGUGACUAAGUUGAGGUCAUGAAAAUUACAUUUGCCCAAAGGUGACUAAAAUGGGGUCUAUAAUUGCCCACAGAAUAGGCUAUAAUGGGGUAGGAGCUCUGAGAGGUCAGCGGCACAUACCCAGCAAACAUUAACCCAAGUAGAGAGCUGUAUCCCCCCUCCCCCCUCUCCAGGGUUUAUUUGCAUCUACACAUAUUAUGUCAAAGACAUUUCAUUUAUUGCUAACUCCAUGAACUUGUGUCCACAGACUCAAAUAUUAGACUUGGAUGAUACACCAUGUUUUUGUGAUGUUUGCAGAAUUUAGGCUUACAGAACAGGCAGAAAAAUAAUUUAUUCUAACAAUGAGAAUUUUUCCUCUUUAAAUCUCAGUAAAGCAAAACUACUUUUAAAGAAGAAGAGAUAUCAGGAACAGACCCUUGAAAGAACAGAUAAUCAGCUGGAAAAUUUGGAAAAAAUGGUUUGCUUUUUAUUUAGCUUUAUAGCAAUUCAUGUUGAGUAAAUGUUUGCGACCUCAUUCUAUACCAGACAAGUUUACUCUCUACACUUUCCAAGGCGCCCAAGUUUCAAUGUUAUUCUUACUUUUGAUUUCGAAACUACAUGAUUGUACUACACUUUAUUAAUAAUUCGUUCUAAGAAGAUGAUCGAUACCCUGUGUGAGAUCAAAGCACUCUUAAUGUUGUGAUCUAUCCAAGAAUAACUGCAUGAAAUCAUUACCUUCAAUGGAGCUCACACCUUGACUUAGCCUAAAUUGUAUUAUCCAUGUUAUUUCAGUGAGCAACUGAAAGAGAUUUGACCCAUGGUUAUUUAAAAUGAUAACGAUAUUAUUAUUAUUAUUUGAGUGAUUAAUACUAAUAAUAAUAACUGAUGAUAAUAGUAAGUCAUUAUUCAUUGUAAUACAUGUCAUUCAAAAGUUUUCAAACUCGGGAGGCAAAAUUUUAUUCAACAGAAAAAAUUCUGUUGAUCAUGAGGCUUAAAGCUGUUGCUAAAAACAAUGCUAAAACUAUUCUUUCAUGCACUUAUUGCUUCAGCCUGACAGUCAUUUCAUUUGUAUUUUAUUAAUAAAUUUGAUAGUCAUUUUACAUUUCAUUUUGUGCAUUUUAUAUCGUGCAUAAACUGCCACCUGGUUAGCUUAAAAGUGCCAAAUUAUUUGCUGAGCCGUGUCAGAGGGCGGUGGUUCAAACCCCAGUCAGACCAACACUAGGGAUGUUAAAAUAACUGAGGAGAAAGUGCUGCUUUUGUAAAGACAACUUUCAAGUAAACUAUAGGCCUCCUCUCACAACCCUUGCACAUGUAAAUUCUGUGGGAUGUUUAAGGACCCAACCACUGUUCAUAAGGAGUAGGGGACAGUCCUCUCAUGAGGGAGGGACUGUUAUGGGCUGACCAUAAUUGGUGCCACGUACUGUUGCAGUGACCCUGCCAAGAAUUGGUGAACCUAAGUAAAUUUUAAAAAACUUAAUACUAAAUUGUAACUGCAUAUACCCUGUCAGGUCCAGGAUGUUGAAUUUGCUCAAAUCCAGUUACAAGUUGCUGAUGGAUUGAAACAAGGAAAUGAAGCGCUGAAAAAAAUGCAUGAAGUAUGUGGAUUUAUACCCCUAAGCAAGACUAGGAGCUUUCAGCUACUACCAUCUUGGGAGUUUCCCUGUAGGGGAAAAUUCUCAUAUUGUACAUGCCCAGUUAGUCAAAAUGUUUUAUUUGGGGGGGGGGGGGGGGGGGGGAGCAAGGGUGGCACAGUGGUGAGAGCACUCACCUCCUACCAAUAUGGACCGGGUUCAAAUCCCUUCAUCAAUACUAUUAAUAAUAUGGUGGAUUUUGAACCGCUAUGUGGUCCGUGUGGUACCUCUAAAUCCUGAGUUUGAGUUAGCGAGAUUCUAUUGUAUUUAUGUAUUUGUUUAUUUUUUUAUUUACUUUAACAUUCUUGUUACAGAUCAUGUCAAUAGAAGAUGUGGAAAGAAUAAUGGACGAGACACAGGAAGGCAUUGAAUAUCAAAGAGUAUGUAUAAUUAUCUCGAUGCAAGAGAACAAUCAUGUUCUGCAGGGAGCAGACAUUGAAGAUGAACCUCAGCAGGACUUGUGUAAAAAACAUUUAGUCUCUCUCCCAAUUUUUUUUAUUUAUUGACAAAAAUUAAAAGUCGCUUACAUUUCAGUGCAGACAGUUACAAUUCAUUACAUUAAGCCUAUCAUUAUUGGUUACAAUAUUUUACCUUACAUUAAAACAGAUAAAUAUUUUAAAAGAAGAGAAAAAAAAGAAGAAAAAAUAAAGACAAAGUUUACAAAGAGAUAAUGAUAACAGUCACAAAAAGGUCGACUGCCUUUUGGUCCUCCCUCCCCCAUCUGCCUAUCUCUUACUUGCACUUCCUGUAGCUGUUUAGAUUAAGUUAUUUCUCUGAGGGGCAUUGCUUGAAAGUAGCCCAUUUCUUCCUAAAGGAGGUUAGGUUGUUGAUAUCAAAAGCAAUCUGUUUUUCACUUUCCAUGGAGUGUAUAAUUAACUGAGCGUAAAUUUGUAGCAUAGGAAGGGUAUUUUGUCUCUCACCCAACUUGAUAUAUACACAGAACAGUUACCUUAGAGUACGUAAAUGAUAUUGCAAGGCCAUGUAACUAACCUUGCAAUAAGAUGAUUCAUUCAUUUUUCCAGGAAAUUGAUGAACUUUUGAGCGGAAGUUUGACUCAGGAAGAUGAAGAUGCAGUGUUACAAGAACUGGAGGAAAUGACACAGGUAAAAUGCUAUACUUCAUGGGCCAACAAAAGUAUUCGUAUUAAAACAAGCAUUGUCUCAAUAUUUGGAUGACAAAGAAGAAACUUUCCUCCCACAUCCAUCUCACCUCAGUACAAUGCCCCCUCUGCAGCUAAGCAGACACAUGCAUGCAAGGAUGUGGUGCAUCGGUGUCUACUCUGUGGGAUCCUGUCAGUGUCAACAUCGUAUUAAUAUUAAAAUGGCUGAGUGCAAUUUAGGCAAAGUUAAACUUGAGACAAUGCUGGCCUGCUGUCCCUCCCUAGAACUCACAGAAGUGGUCGUGGGCCUUUGCAGGGGCAUCUGGGAUUUUAUGGCUAUGUUGUUGAGGUCAUCUCAUUUCACUCGUGUUUUGCUUGUGUUUAUUUCUGCUCCCUUCCCAGCCCUCCCUUUGGUAAGUAUUGGGUAAUUAUAUUUAGUUUCCACUGGUUAGCAGUGUUAUGGUGCGUGGGUAGAUGCCACUCACGGCAUUGUCAUGGUUACUCACUGCACUCAGCUGCAGUUCUGGGCGCCAUCAGCUUCUCAGGCACCUCCCCCACGCUCUUUUAUUGUUGAUGAGUUUAAUAGGGUGGAUGAGGGAGGAUGUUCAAAAGCAAGUGAAAGUUUUUGUUUUACUUUGUUUUCAAUUGCCUCUGUAGCUGCUUGCAAGUUUCUAACCUGAGAUCAGGCUCUAUUUUCGUUUCGCUUUGAAAAUUACAUUGCGGUGGGCAAGGCGAAAUUUCAGCGGUAGCUGUUAGAGAGAAUGUAUGAGAACCGCUAAAAUUGGGCCUGAUCUCAGGUUAUGAAGUUUCUAAACAAGUUAUUUAUUGCUUAUGUUUGAAUUUCAGUCUGUUACUGAGAACCUUCCUGAAGUACCAACAGAAGAACCAGAAGAACCAACAAAGGAACUUGGUAUGUGUCUUAAUACCCUUUAAUAACAUUAUUUAAAUGUUACUCAUUCACAAUAUUAUGGUAGUUGUUUCCAAAAGAAGACAAAUGAAAAGCACCUCAUAGAACACACAAGCUUUAUAAUUCACUUAACACAUUGUUACCUGCAAGAUGUUGUUCAAUUUAAGCAAUUCAUUGGAGCCAUCGUGGUACCUUCCAUAACAAGGACUGUCACCAAGAUAUACCAUACCAAGAUAGUUCUUUUGGUUCUGUUUUUCUUUUGUCUUCUAUGAAUAUAACCAUCAGAGGUCAUUCUCAUAGUAGCUAGGGAAAUCCCUGGGUCUUUGGCACUUGGAGACGUCACUGCAUGAGUCUCUAAAAUUUUGUAGUGCAAUCCCAGGUCAUGAGAUGGUUCAUGCGAGAGACCAUCCCAGUACAAUCUCAUUUAGUGGACAAAUUGUUUUUCUAAUAAAGUAUAUAGCUGAGUUGCAUAUUAGUGCUGUUGUCAUAACAUUAUUUUUUUCAUAAGGCUUAACAUUGCAAGCCAAAGUUGCAGUAUGUAUAACAGUCCCCAAUAGGGUUUUCAAUGCCAUUAUUCUGCCAAAACUUUCCCGUCAAUCCUGUGAUCCUGACAGUUAUCAUCAGCUAAUCCCAAUCCCAACCAUAUCUAAAAACUGCCUUAUAGAGGUUCUUGAUUUCUCAUUUGAGGAGAAUCAGUGGACAAUAGUGGGAUAAAAAUUAUGACAAGGUAAAAACUGCCAUGUGUGGUUGAGGAAAAUGACAGGGCAUUUUCUUUUAAGUCAAGUGCUUACUGGAUAUUGGGGUUUUGAACAGCAUUUCUGAAAUCCCAGAUCAUAAAAUCAUAAAAUUUCCAACUUCCACAUCCCCGUUGUUAAGUUCUACAAUCCUGAAUAUUGCUUGCCUUUCCUCUAAAAUUCCAAAUCCCAUCCUUAAAAAAAGGCAUUUCCUUGAUCCUAAAAAACCUAUUGGGAUCCUCGUGUAUCUGGAUGUUGUUGUCAUCAAAAGUAAUUUAAUAUUGUUUGUUUUUGUUUUGUUUUUGUUUUUUUAACAGGAGAGAAAAGACCACCGAGGGCAAAACAAAACAAGAGAGAGGCAGAGAUGGUGCCUGCUUAGUUAUAGUCCCGAAUUUCUGAAUUGCAAAAUUGAGUUUGUAUUUAGUGCAAUGCGAAAGUUAGUCUCCCACACAGCUGUUCUUUGUGUGAACACACAAUGUUCUCUUCUAGGGAGGAGUGGUGCAUAACAAUGUGAAGAAUGGCUGCAUAGGAGACCAUGUAAAGGUCCCUGUUGCUUUUAUGUUUAUCAUCCUCCUCCUCCUCAUCAUCACCAUCAUCACCGUUUCUUCUUUAAACAGACUGCAAGGUGUGGAGAACCACACC